AUGGUUUCCAGCCAAUAGCUUGAUGGCAGCCCAGGAGGGUGUGAAGACCCCCCACCGCAUUGAACUAUGCGAGGAGAAGCCUGUCAGACCUACGCGCAACUAUAGAAAGCGCAGGAUAAUAUCUGCAGUACAGCCAAAGACUGAGAAUGCAGUAAGUUCAGAACCUCCAUUGAAGAAAGUCGAAUUAAAGUCUAAGCCACUGAAGACUAGCAACGGUAUUACAAACAUGACGAACGGGCACACGCUGAGGUCGAGAGCGGCGCGCGCAGCCGCCCGAGCUGCCGAGAGUCAUAAACUUACUGAAUACUUCAAGGAAGAGCUGAAAAGUCCUAAAGUCGAACCUCCACCGUCGCCGCCACCGAUUGAGAAAACCAUAACUAAAUUGGAAAAAGUUGUGAAUGGUGAUUCCAACCACAAGUUAACAGAAUACUUCCCAGUUAGACGAAGUGUAAGGAAGACAUCGAAAUGUGUCAUGGCAGAGAAGAUGCGGGACUUGGAGCGGGCUGUGAGAGAACAGAGGGAGGAUGGACUGCAAGUGGCAUAUUUCGAUGGCAAGGGGCGCGGUGUAAUAGCGACCCGUCCGUUCGGUCGCGGACAAUUCGUGGUGGAGUACGCUGGAGAACUGGUGGGCGUGGCGGAGGCGAGGGAGAGGGAGCACAAGUACGCACAGGACCCCGAGGCCGGCUGCUACAUGUACUACUUCAGACACGGAGACCAACAGUAUUGUAUCGACGCGACAGCAGAGUCAGGUCGGCUAGGUCGGCUGGUAAAUCACUCGCGCAAUGGUAACCUGUCGACCAAGGCGGUGUGGGUAGACGGGCCGCGACUGGUGUUGCUGGCGGCGCAGGACAUCGCGCCAGGCGAGGAGCUCACCUACGACUACGGAGACCGCUCCAAAGAGUCACUACAGCAUCAUCCUUGGCUCGCACUCUGA